UAAAAUACGGUAAAAUAUCAUAAAAUAUAGACAGGAACAAGCAGAAGAAGAAGCCAAUGUAGCAAGAAGGACUGUACGCAUGCAGCCAAACACCGGGAGGACGAACGUUCAAGAUAUUUUUUGUUUCAAACACGCGUCCAUGUAGACUCUACUCAGACACAAAAAAACAAUUCAGCAGACCAAACUUUACACAGCUGGGGAUUUGCCCAAAGAAGGCCUAAUUAGAUAUAGCCUGCCCUACACAUUGAAAACUGGAUGUGAUCAUCUGUGUUCUGCUAGCAACAUGGACCUCGGACUUCCACUUAGCUCUGGCUGUGCUGAAACACAACAGGUGGACCUGAGAGCGGUGUUGAAAGAAGAAGAUAUAAAAGAGGAGGAAUAUGAUCACUUGAUGUCAUAUCCAGAUGAAGAAGAAAAGCCCUUUGCAGAGUUUCACUGUAAAUCUGAAACAGACGUUACAGAGUCCAACUUUUGUUACAAUGAAGCACAACCGACAGCAGCGGAGAUUGAAGUGAAGAUUGAAGAAGAAGAAGAAGAAGUGAAUAAAGAGGAGGAUGAAGAAGAAGAGGAGGAGGAAGAAGAGGAGGAGGAGCAGCAGCAUGACGAGCCCGGCUGUCUGCUGGAAAGUGUAUCAGACCACUCAUAUGCAGUGCAACAGCAGAUCCAUGGACAGAAUGAUGAACUCAACCUGCAGCUGCAAGGAAGGCUGCACCACUGCACUGUGUGCAGGAAGAGCUUCACCAAACUUUCUGAACUCGAGAAACACCAGCAAACACACUGCCCUGGUGUUGAUCAAAGGCAGAGUACUGGUAAAACACAACAUAAAUGUGUCUAUUGUGGAAAAGCAUGGAGAAAACCGUCAGAUCUGAAACGCCACAUACUUUCACACACUGGAGAAAAGCCUCAUCAAUGUGCCCAGUGUGGAAAAGCUUUUGCACUUAUGCGCACUCUUACAAGGCAUAUUUUGACUCACACUGGAGAGAAACCACAUAAAUGUGCCGAAUGUGGAAAAGUGUUUGCACAGCUCUCAACUCUUAAAACACACAUGCAUACACAUACUGGAGAGAAGCCACACAGAUGUGUCUUUUGUGGAAAAGCUUUCUCAUUCACUUUCUCUCUUAAGAAACAUAUUGUGAUUCACAAUAUAGAAAAGUCUCAUAAAUGUUCUCAGUGUGGAAAAGCUUUUAAACAUAUCUCAACUCUUCAAUGCCACAUGCUCAUACACACUGGAGAGAAGCCUCAUGAAUGCACCCAGUGUGGAAAAGCUUUUUCAAUGCGUUCAAGACUUACAAUCCACAUGCGAACACACACUGGAGAGAAACCACAUAAAUGUGCCCAAUGUGGAAAAGCUUUUACCACCAGCUCAAGUCUUAAACAGCACAUGCGCAUACAUACUGGAGAGAAGCCUUACGUAUGUGCGAAGUGUGGAAAAGCUUUUUCACAAAGUUCAAGUCUUAAAAUCCACAUGCGAAUACACACUGAAGAAAAAACUCAUCAAUGUACCCAGUGUGAAAAAGCUUUUAUCACCAACGCGAGUCUCAAAAAGCACAUGCGCAUACAUACUGGAGAGAAGCCUUAUGAAUGUACGAAGUGUGGAAAAGCUUUUUCACUAACUUCAAGUCUUAAAAGCCACAUGCGAAUACACACUGGAGAUAAAACUUAUCAAUGUACCCAGUGUGGAAAAACUUUUACCACCAAUCAGAGUCUCAAAAAGCACAUGCUAAUACACACUGUAGUGAAAUAUCAACAUCUUCCAACUACCCUCAUUAACAUUGUGAAUGGAACGCUGUUUUUGGAAGUUUUGUCCCAGAGUGCCAGGAAUGUAGAUCAUUGUUGACGUUAUAGCUAUGAACACAUACGAUAGCUCUUUCGAAAGUUGUUAUAAAACUGUUGGGAGAAUUAUUUUUACCUUUUUAAAGUGUUUACCAUGUUGAAAGUCGCUUUGGUUAAAAAUGUGUUGGCCAAAUGUAAUGUAAUUUAGUGUCCCAGUGAGGAAAAGCUUUGUUCUCAUUGCACUCUACUAUUUUAAUGUAAACAGUAGAAAUGCAAUGUGUCAUUUGAUGUUAAAUUAAAUGUAUA